GUGGUUUGUCGGGCGGUCGUGUUCCUCAUUUCCCCCUCUGUUGUGUGCGUGUGUGCGGGUUUGGACCCGGGGACAGGGGUGGUUGGGAGUCGGUGUGUGUUCGUGUGGUUUGGGCUUGCCGUCUUGACCCUUAUUUUAAGGUUUAAUCUCUCGGCAGAAUGGGGAGGAAAGCUCUCGGUGUUCUUCUGCUUUGGGCUUUGCUGGAGGCGACACAGUCGAGCGGCUGCUCGCGUUUCUUCUGCCGUAAACACCACCGCGUCAGCGGGCUGGGGGGAGCUGACCCCGGCGCCCCGCUCUUCCUCACGCCCUACCUGGAGAGAGGCGCCGUCGAUGAAGCCAGAAGACUGAGUCUCGUGGGGCCUCUACCUGGGGCCAAUGUGAAGAGCUAUGCCGGGUACCUCACUGUCAACACGAAAUACAACAGCAACCUCUACUUCUGGUUUUUCCCCGCCCAGGAGAGGCCGGAGACGGCUCCUGUCCUGCUGUGGCUGCAGGGAGGGCCCGGUGGAACCUCCAUGUUCGGCCUCUUUGUGGAACACGGACCCUACGUGGUACACAAGAACCUGACGGUCGGUUUCAGAGAUUAUCCCUGGACGUCCAGAUAUUCGGUGUUGUACAUCGACAAUCCGGUUGGAACAGGGUUCAGUUUCACCGACGAUGACGGAGGCUUUGCUCAGAAUCAGGAUGAUGUAGGCAGAGACUUGUACAGUGCAUUAACACAGUUUUUCCAGAUCUUUCCGGAGUAUCAGUCCAACGAGUUCUAUGCAACCGGAGAGUCUUAUGCGGGGAAAUAUGUUCCAGCCAUCGGUUAUUACAUCCACAAGAACAACCCCACUGCCAAAGUGAAAAUCAACUUUAAGGGGAUGGCCAUCGGGGACGGACUCUGUGAUCCAGAGAUGAUGCUGGGUGGCUACGCGGAGUUCCUUUACCAGACAGGGAUGAUAGACGAGCUGCAGAGACAGUACGUUGUGGAGCAAACGGACAUGGGGGUCAAGCUCAUCCAGCAGCAGAAGUGGGUGGAGGCUUUCAAGGUUUUUGACAGUUUGCUGAAUGGGGAUGUGGAUCCCAACCCUUCGUUUUUCCAAAAUGCCACUGGCUGCUCCAACUACUUCAACUACAUGUCAUGUCAGGAGCCUGAGGACCAAGAGUAUUUUUCCCAGUUUGUGACUCUGCCUGAGGUGCGGCGCUCCAUCCACGUGGGAAACCUGACGUUCCACGACGGCUUGGAGGUGGAGAAGCACCUCCUGCAGGAUGUCAUGAAGAGCAUCAAACCAUGGUUGGGGGUCUUGAUGGAUAACUACAGGGUGUUAAUCUACAACGGUCAGCUGGAUGUGAUUGUCGCAGCACCUCUGACGGAGAGGUUCCUGCCUACUGUCAACUGGACCGGGACGGCAGACUACCUAAGUGCCCCUCGCUUCCACUGGAAGGUCCAGCCAACCGACACCGAGGUGGCCGGUUAUGUAAGACAAGUGGGAGAGUUCUACCAGGUGAUCAUUCGAGGGGGAGGACACAUUCUGCCUUAUGACCAGCCGGCGAGGUCCUUUGACAUGAUUGACAGAUUUCUAUCUGCACAAGGAUGGAGCUGAGGCUCCGGCUGCACUUCAGACUGACGAACUGCUCCCGUCUCGUUGGGCAGAUUGCUUCCAGCUCAUCCCCGGCUGUUGGUGAUUGUCCCAAUACUCCCAUUUCGUUUCCGAUAACUUGCAUUUUGAUUGUCAACAUAUCGCUUCCCAUUUAGGGCUGAGAACAAAUCGCAGAAUAACCGCUUCAGUUCACUAAAGGAGGUAUGAGUUUCUUUGCAUUGUACAGAUAAAUACUUGAAGUUGGCUCGUGACAAGGGCGGCGCUCCACGUUGAAUAAAAUCUGUAUAUUUUUG